AUGUCCACUAUAAAUUUGGCUUUUAGGCGGUUUUGGCAAAGUGAAACGGGCCCAAGAACCGUUCACUUCUGGGCCCCAACUUUGAAAUGGGGGUUGGUCGUCGCUGGGUUGAGUGACGUGAGCAGACCCGUUGAGAAAGUUUCAGGAGCCCAAAAUCUAUCAUUGUUGGCAACAGCUCUUAUCUGGACAAGAUGGUCAUUUGUCAUAAAACCAAGAAAUAUCUUGUUAGCCUCUGUGAAUUCGUUCUUAGGGUUGACUGCUGGAUACCAUAUUGUAAGGAUUGCCAACCAUAGAAUACGGAAUGGGGACUCAAUGUCCCAAACGUUCAAGUAUAUUAUUCAUGGUGAACAUCGUAGGGAUGCUUCCAAUUUGAAAGAUGUGCAAGUGAUUACUCAGUGA